AUGCGGCCUCCGUUGAACGCCAAAGCUCGGCGCGCAUCGAGCUCUGCUGGCCGGGACGGCGGCGCCGGAACGGUCCCGCGCCCGGGCCUCGCUGCAGUGUCCCCGGAGACUGGCUCGAGCGGACCCUCGCAGGCCUCGCUCGACGACGGCAUGCUGAAUCCGCUGAAAAGGAGGAUCAUAGACGCCGGCAUCGACUACCCCCGCCGCAGGGCCACCAUCGCGUGCGAGGUAUGUCGCUCGAGAAAGUCUCGCUGCGACGGUACCAAGCCCAAGUGCAGGCUCUGCACAGAGUUGGGUGCAGAAUGCGUCUACCGCGAGCCCGGCGUCAAGCUCGACGCUGGCGACAAGCUCAUUCUCGAGCAGCUCAACCGCAUCGAGAGCCUCCUGCAAAUGAGCAUGACCACCCCCCAAGGCAAUGGUAUCAACGCCAACCAGAGCUCCCCUCCAGUGUCCAAUGGCACAGGCCUCGACGGCGACAACGGCCUCCUCGCGAACCCGACCAACGUCAUCUCCGUCAUCCCGAACGGGGGAUUUGGCACCUGGACGAGUGGCCCGACGGGUACCAACAUAUCCACCAUGCCAAAAUGUCACACCAACGCCACCAUGCAUCUCCUGCAGUGGCCACUGAUACGCGACCUGGUAUCCCGGCCGUACGAUCCGCAGAUCCUACUUCAGCUCGAGAUGGCCCGAGAACCACUCCACUCUCUGACCAAGACGCCGUGUGUUGACCUUUCCAACACCCAGGCAUAUAUCGAGGCAUAUUUUGAGCGGGUAAACGUCUGGUACGCUUGUGUGAAUCCGUACUCAUGGAAAAGUCAGUAUCGCACGGCCCUUUCCAACGGCUUUCGAGAAGGCCCUGAGAGCUGUAUCGUACUGCUGGUACUAGCGCUCGGCCAAGCCAGCUUGCGGGGCAGCAUAUCACGUAUCGUGCCACACGAGGACCCUCCUGGCCUGCAGUACUUUACUGCCGCCUGGUCCCUUCUGCCAGGCAUGAUGACGACGAACAACGUUCUCGCAGCACAGUGCCACCUGCUCGCCGCAGCGUACCUCUUUUAUCUCGUCCGACCCCUCGAGGCAUGGAACUUGUUGUGCACCACGAGCACCAAGCUACAGCUGUUGCUCAUGGCGCCGAAUCGCAUACCCCCUCAGCAGCGGGAACUCGUGGAACGGAUAUACUGGAACGCACUCCUCUUCGAAAGCGAUCUUCUCGCCGAGUUGGAUCUUCCCCACUCGGGCGUGGUCCAAUUCGAGGAAAACGUCGGUCUUCCAGGCGGCUUCGAGGGCGACGAACAGACUCAGGUCGGCAGAGACGAGCUGUGGUACUUUUUGGCGGAGAUCGCGCUAAGACGGCUACUGAAUCGGGUCAGCCAGCUCAUAUACUCCAAAGACUCGAUGUCGUCAACGACGAGUUUGGAGCCUGUUGUCGCCGAACUUGACUACCAGCUCAACCAGUGGUAUGAAAGCUUACCAGGCCCACUACAGUUUCCGUUCGCCAGGACAGUGCUGCCGGAUCCUGUUCAAACAGUUCUUCGCUUGCGUUUCUUCGCCUGCCGGACCAUCAUUUACCGGCCGUACAUUCUGGCCGUCCUGGAAAACGAGCAGGCAGUUCUAGAUGCGGGAGUUCGCGACUGUUGUCACAAGUGUUUGGAAGCGUGCAUACGGCAAUUGGAGCAUAUUGUCGAACACCACGCCGGACACAUGCCAUAUAUCUGGCAAGGGGCCUUGUCGAUGGUGUCUCAAUCUCUCCUCAUAAUGGGGGCCACUAUGUCGCCGUCCCUGUUGAGUAUUCUCCUCACGCUAGUCUCGCACCGGGACGCGCUCGACGAACUCAUCAAUGGAGUCAUCGCCGAGGUCGAGCAUUACGCGGCGCUGGCGCCGAGUCUGAGCCUGGCAGCCGAGAUCAUCAAGGAGGCGGAGGUUAGAAGACGGGCGUAUUUGAACGCGUGA